AACGGUUGACCGCGAGUGAAUUGCAAACAACUCGCCGAAGAUGUUGCCUCGGCUGGAAUCAAAAUGGCUGAUGCCGAAAGCUUCGUCGAUCGCGAUAUUUAUGGUCGUUCAGUUGCGGUGUUUACUUCGUGAGCGUUGCACGCGGAAUCAUGUUGGCCGCGCAAAAUACGCCGGUGAAUCGGCGCUCGUUCGAUCCGCGCCAAGUGAGCAUACAAAUGGCACGCGCGCCACAGCGCAACCUACGUCGCCCGGACGACCAUCAGAGCUCGUAUUCGUUUGUGGUGCAGACGCCACAUGGACCGACGAUGAGACUCCGGGUGAAUUUGAUUGCCGUUGAUCGUCAGACUCGGCAGCCGCGCGUAAGAGUUUUGCCGACUGAAGAUGUUCGGGAACAGCCGGCUGCUGGUGGCGAGAGUGCGAGGACCAGAGGUGCAAGGUCCAGUAAAAAGUCGACGUGCAAUCAUGCGCUUGAUAGGAAGUUUUGCUCCAAAUGUCACAUUCGACGUCGUCAUCUGAAUCGCUGGUGGUUACGACAGCAAUACCGGCAGCACUAAUUGAACGUCAUCGAACAGAAUCACCGUCAAGAUAUACAUAUUCACGUUCCUUCUACACUUUUAUCUUUACGAGAUUUAUUUAUUUAUUUUUAAUUGAUGAUAUAGUUUGCGAUUGGUUAAAUUUAUGUAGUCACCAUUCCGACUGUGUUUGUAAACAGUCGCGACGAUACAUACGUCAGCUUUCUAUAAUGUACACAUUUUACCUUAUGAACGAAUUCUCAUGCACAAUGAAAUGUCUGAUUGUAUUGAAUUUUUAUUAAAUAAAAUGUAUAAAACCACCGGUCGUUCUUUUACGU